AUGUCCGACACACCUCCAGCUGCUGCGGAUCCCACCGCAACCGCCUCUGAUGCCGUCGAUGCAGCCGAGGCCGCGCGUCUGAAGCGCGAGGCCCGCAAGGCGCGCAUCCUUAGCAAGGGCAGCGAUCGUCUGGCUCGCAUCACCAACACUGGCCGCGGCGAAGGUGCCAGUGCCUACCUCAACGACACCACACCCUCGCUCCCCUCCACUCCCAAGCCCAACGACACGCCUGCUGCGUCUGCGGCUGCAGCUGCAUCUGUGGCGCGCGCAGACGACGAUGACCCGCUCGAAGUCGACAUCUCCACACUUCCGCGCCGAGGGGGGCCGUUUGGCGCACCGUUCGGAGAGGAUGCUACCAAUCCUUUCCUCAUGGGCGGAUCCGGCGCAGGUGCAGGCGAGGCACAGAACCCGAUGGAGGCGCUCAUGGCCAUGAUGCAAGGUGGACCUCCGGGCGCAGGCGGUCCAGGUGGUGCGCCGGGUCAGCAGCCUGAUAUGUCCGGUCUGCCACCUCAACUUGCAGCCAUGAUGCAGCAGUUUGGUGCGGCAGGAGGAGGAGGCGGACCGUUUGGCGGUGCUCCUGGUGCAGCUAUGCCAACAGCAGUCAAGACCAAGUCGCUCACCGAACGCUUGUUCGGCGUGGUGCAAGCAACGCUCAUCGUCGCGCUCGCCAUACUUGCUGCCAAGACAUCGCUCUUCGACACGGACCACUCGAGCGUCGUCCCGGACAGUGUCACCGAUACUUUCACUCGCGAUGCACCUGCAGUCGGUGUGCUACAGCGAUGGGCGCGGCUGGGCUACCAACGACCCUCGGCGGACGAAUGGGGCCUCAAUCAUACUUCGACGUUGUCGUCGCUGCCCAUGGGGCCAUUGUCGUCGCUGCCGCUCUUCUGGAUCUUCCUGGGUCUCGAGAUCGUGCUGCAGGCUGUGAGGAUCGCGGUGGUGGCAAGAAAGACGCCAGCGCCACCCUCCAUGCUCGCUUCGCUCACCGCCAUGCUGCCCAUACCCAACCUGCACCUGGCCAUCAGCCUGGUCGGCAAGUACCUUGCGCUCAUCAAUGCCUUUGUCAACGACAUCGCCAUCCUCGUCUUUGUGUUCGGCGCAACCGUGCUCUGGUCCGCACAUCAGCUCGGUGGUGCCGGCAUGCUCGAAUCGCCAUACGUCCAUGACGAGUUGUAA